CUCCUCAACAUCUAUUUAUUCCCCCUUCACCCAUCCCCAAAUUUGCCUCUCACACCCAACCCUCACCAAGUUCUUCUCUCUUCGUCUUUCCUUGAAACUUCCUAGUUUAUGAAAAUGACUUAUCUGGGGCUUCUCUUGGUGGGUCUUUUCUCACUACUGUCAUCUGCUAAUGGGUAUGGAGGAGGUUGGAUUAAUGCUCAUGCCACUUUCUAUGGAGGGGGUGAUGCUUCUGGGACAAUGGGUGGGGCUUGUGGCUAUGGAAACCUGUACAGCCAGGGGUAUGGUACUAACACUGCAGCUUUGAGUACUGCCCUCUUCAACAAUGGCUUGAGCUGUGGAGCUUGUUUUGAGAUCAGAUGUGUGAAUGAUGGUAGAUGGUGUCUACCUGGCUCCAUUUUGGUCACAGCCACUAACUUCUGUCCACCAAACAAUGCCCUCCCAAACAAUAAUGGUGGUUGGUGUAACCCUCCCCUGCAACACUUUGAUCUCUCUCAGCCUGUCUUCCAACGCAUUGCUCAAUACAGAGCUGGGAUUGUACCUGUUGCAUACAGAAGGGUAGCAUGCAGGAAGAGGGGAGGCAUGAGGUUCACCAUCAAUGGCCACUCUUACUUCAACCUUGUUCUUCUCACCAAUGUUGGAGGUGCUGGUGAUGUUCAUGCUGUUUCCAUCAAAGGAUCAAGGACUGGGUGGCAACCCAUGUCAAGGAACUGGGGCCAGAAUUGGCAGAGCAACACCUACCUUAAUGGGCAGAGCCUUUCCUUCAAGGUCACCACAAGUGAUGGAAGAACUAUAAUCUCUUACAAUGUUGCCCCUGCUAGCUGGUCCUUUGGCCAGACCUUCAGUGGUGGACAAUUCCGCUAAAGGGACCCCCCCCCCUUCCCCCAAUCCAUCCCAGUCUAUGCUAAGUAUUAGAUUGGUGAUAAGAUAGAUAGGGGUAUAUUUGUAAUACUAAACCAUAUAGCUAGGUUUUGGGUCAGUGUUGGGUCAACAUGAGAAGGGCUAAUUUUAAAUGGCCUUUAUCAUUUGAACCUAAUUAAUUAUUGGGUUUCUAUUUUUCUAUUCAUGGGGAGUUUGAGGCCCAUGUAAUUGGUGGUGUGAGAGAAAAAGAGACAGUGAGAGAGCACUCAAAGCAAAGCAAAGAAGAGAAAAAGAGAGAGAGUGCUCUACCUUUACUGUGUCUAGAGUCACAGACAUGGCUCAGUGGGCUGAGGUGAACUUUUACCACCCGCCGCUAAGUAUUGCAUAAUUUUUCUCAUUUUGGGGGUUUUUUUUUUUUUUUUCAUUUUUGGGGUUAUCUUUGAUCCUUUGAAAAGAGAAGGUCAUUGUAAUGGUGUAACCUCAUUUGAUUUGGUUGUAUUUGAGCUUUUAUUCUGAGAAGCUUGUAAAUGUAAAUCUCCAAUUCUAAGCUUAUUAAUGAAAUUGGGACAUUAUAUAUCUCAUUAUAU